AUGUUCUCAGACUACACGUCUGCGCCGAGUCGAUCACCAGGAACCUCCCGACAGGGCUAUGCCACUAUAAACAUGCACACCGGACUUGGCAGCGGUCGCCCGCGCGUGGGCGAUGCCUUCGGUCAGCAUAUGGGUACCCCUGCCCUCUAUACUCCCGAUGAACGCAACUCGGGCUACGAGUCGCUCUCCCGGUUUGACCAGAUGAGGCCCAACGCGAUGCAGUCGCCGUAUAUGCUUGACGGCAGCCAGACCUGGGCUUACAACGGCGGAGGCCUAGCCACCGUCAAUGGACCCAUGAAUGGGAACGGUCGCUUAGGAUCAAGAGCUGUCAACCGCCGUGCCGCCUUGCCUACCACUUGGACCGACCAGCCAAAUCUUGGCAUCUCGCACAUGUACGACCCUGGUCUGGGUAUGAACGGCAGCGAGCACGAUCUUUCAAGUAUCGCAGGGUCUGCGACGGAUGCUCGCGGAUUGAUGACCACGCCUGGCUCUGCAGACUCGGAGCAGCUCAUCCCUACAGCCAUUGUCAUCAAGAACAUCCAAUUUCAGUGCAGGAAAGAGAUCCUCCAGGGCCUCAUGGCGUCGAUGAAUCUGCCGCAGCCGUAUGCCUUCAACUACCACUUUGAUAAAGGCGUCUUCCGGGGCCUUGCCUUCGCCAACUUCUCUACUCCCGAGGACACCGCCAUUGUGAUUCAAAAGAUGAACGGCCUGGAGGUUAUGGGACGCAAGCUGCGGGUCGAGUACAAGAAAAUGCUACCCCAGGACGAGCGGGAACGGAUUGACCGCGAGAAGAGGGAGAAACGUGGGCAGCUCGAGGAACAGCACCGGGCACCACUUCCCAUGCAUCAGCAGAGCGCGUUGCAGGCUCUCGGUGUCAACGUCAACAAGCAGCAGCCAAGCAAUUCCCCACUCAGAGAUGUUGACCUGAAUGACCCCUCGACUCUGGAAUUCUACACACAACUUACGCUCUUCAAGAAUGACCCGUCGAGAGAGGUCUUUAUCUUCUCGCCAGAUGUUGCCCCUGAGCAACGCCGGCAGAUCCAUAUCCUUGCCCAUAAUAUGGGCCUCGAGCAUAGGUCGGUUGGCGAAGCAGACCGCCGACAGAUCCAGAUCAUGAAGCGACCGCAACAUUCCCCGCCAGCUCAUGCACAGAACCAGCUCUCUAGCGUCUCGUGGGAAGACCACCGCCGUGGCUUGAGCCGGGCUGCUACUUUCGACUUUUCCGAAUCACGCAUGGCCUCUGGCGCGUAUCACACAAUCGGUCGCCAGGGCCCAACUCUGGAGCUUCCUGGUAGCCCCGAGCAUGCCAUCACGAACAAUCUCCGAGCCGCAAAGAGUUUUGCAGACCUGCGCACGCACAGCCCCAGCCCCGCCCCUUCUGGCUCAAGCUAUGCUGGUCUGGGAAAUGGCCUAGGUGCUCGGUACAGCGACUUUUCACAGAACUCCCUCGUGACACCUCCAAACUUGACGCCUACCUCUGGGCAAAAUGGCGGUUCUAGUGCGGACGCAAUGUUGGCUGGCGGAAUGGGAUCGAUGAGCCUCGGCUUCGACGGCACCUCGGCCCACCUUCGCUCGAGAGAGGCUCCUGGGGCGAUCGGUAGUCAGCGACCUGGCGCCAAUGGCUCUUCCAGCAGAAAUAUCCCUGAGCGUCAGCCUCGUGGUCCGGAAUGGGGUGACAGCGGUCAGGGUUUUAGUGCCCGCGGUAGAGGUCACAUGCAACGGGGCAGUGAUUCGUCUGACGCAGGACGGAGCUCCGCUGCCUCUCGAUUCCAUUGA